CCAUAUGCAUGACACAGAAAACAUGGCAGCUACUCCUACCAACCCCGAUGACAUUUCAGCAUCUAUUGCUGGUAUUUUGAAUGAAAAACACUGCCCUGAACACUUACAAGUCUUAAAAACAUUUACGACUGCCUUACGGGACAAGGACUACAGGGAUGCUGUCGAUAAAGAGGCGUUUUCCAGUCUUCUAAAAGUCUUAUCCAGACUCAGUGAUGAGUUGCAAGCUUCCAGCGGCUCUAAUUACAGCCUAAAGCUGCAGCUUACUGCUGAGUGCUUUCGAGCUCAGAGGAACUCCUGUGUGCAAAGUCCCCGCAAUCAGUGCCUGCUCAGGGAGCUUGGUUUUGUUGAUGUUUGCCUCCGGAUAUUGAGAUUCCUUCACACAAAUUCAAAGAGCAGGGAUGGCGUCUUUGAGCCUCUGCGUUGUGGGAUCCAGUCUCUAGGUAAUUUAGCUGUGGGGAACCAAAUGUGCAAAGAUGACAUUUGGCGGCUAAGCUUUCCAGAUCUCAUUGUGCAGCUGCUUAACGUCGAUGAUGAGAAGACGGUGAGCUACACCUCCAUGGUGGUCCACACAUGCCUGGAUGAAGCCAAGGUGGAGGAACUUUCCGAGCCACAGAACAUCCAGCUGGCGCUCAAGGUGAUGGAGCUCUGCAGGACACAACCCGAGCUGGACUGGACGGUCCUGAUUGCAACUCAGCAUUUUCUCACAUCUUCAGCUCUGGUUGAAAACAUGUAUGCUGCAAUGUCAUCCUGUGAAAGACUGACGCUGUUAGAGCUGAUCUCGGCCCAGCUAAGUGGCGAAGAGUCCCAAAAUUGUGGCGUCCCUCCCAACGUGGCUUGUUUCCUCGCCUCUUCCUUCCAGAAAGGCUGUGGAGCCGUGUUGACCCUUGCCACUGGCUCUGCAUCCAGCGAUGAGCAGGUCCUGCAGGAGGUACUGACAGUGAUCAGUCUACUUGACGUGCUAUGCGAGGUGACCUCACACAAAGCGGAGUUCCUACAAGACCAAGCGGACCUUUUGGUGACCACCGUAGAACUCCUGAAACAGGUUCACACCAUCGGAAAGGCCAGCAAGAAUAUUUUCAGCUCGGCUCAGAAUUUCUCCUCCAGCGAAGAGGACAACACUUCUUCCGACUCACCCGUCAUCAGCUUUAAGGCUCACCUCAUCAGGCUGAUUGGAAACCUUUGCUACAACCACACUAUCAACCAGAACAAGGUCAGAGAACUGGAAGGCAUCCCCGUCAUUCUGGACAACUGCAACAUAGACAGCAACAACCCAUUCAUCAGUCAAUGGUCAAUUUUCGCUAUCCGGAACCUCCUGGAACACAACCCGAAGAAUCAGGAGCUGGUGGCCUCACUGGAACAACGCGGGGCUGCCGACUAUUCCGCGCUCAGGGAGUUGGGCUUCCAGGUGGAGGAGCGAGACGGCAGUUUGUUGCUCAGACCAGUCAGGAAGGAUGCAUGACCUCGGCCCAGAUUUUAACAUGAAGAAAUACCACUACCUUAAACACUAUAGCCCUUAUACAGUGGAGCUUCUCAGUACAUACAGUAUUAAAGGUGCACAGGCUCUCCCCGUUGGAAAAACUACGCUUUAGGAACUCUUCUAUUGUCUCGCCCCAAAUUCUGGGAAAUGUAGAGUGGCCUCACUUGUACCAUUUGGCUAAGCUAAUUCUUUGUGCUGUAAUCCAAAGACAAAUGACUCCACAGUGUCUAGGCUUUUCUUUUUGGAGAAUUUAAUCUCUCCAUCAGGGUUAAAUACCAUGCAGAAUCAUUGCAAUGUUUAGACUAAUUGUAUGCUCAUAAUCUAAAUUUAAUGCACUGUAUCGUAGACAAAUGCUGCGCCAAAGGGCUUAAGACAUUCAAUCCAGCUAUUUGAGUUCUUUACACCUUCACCUUGUCUAUUUAAGUUACACCGCACUAGCGUUAGUCAACACAACCUGUAAUUUACUUUUCUUCUGGUGAUUAGUGGUAGUGUCAGAAGCUGAACAGUGCUGACACCUCAACAAUGCGGCGCUUUAGAGGCCUGCCACACCCUGUUUUCUCUGCCGUUUUUUUUUUUUUUUUAAUGACAAGAUGCACUGAAACAAUCAACCGGACUCUCCCCUCAAUCCACCGCCAUGGUGGAGGGAGCUUAUACGGUUCCGGUCCCCAAGGAUUUCAGACAGCUAACAAAACAGCGGUUACUUGCGCUCCAGCGGCUGGCUGCAAUGCUUUUGAGCCCCACAGGAAAGAGUCUGUGCGAGUCAGCCACGGUCUGAAUGAGGCAGCAUGGCCAUGGCUGUCUGGUCACCUCCACACAGUACUCUGGGCUUUCCCCCAUCAGCGUUUUAUACCGCAUUGUGUUCCUGCCUCCCAGAUACAUAAUACAUUAUUAGAAGGAUUAAUAAACAUUUGUUUGCAACACAAAACAUUUUGUAUGACUUUAUUUAAGCCAAGAAUGUAACAUAAAACACAUACUGGGGAGAUGACUAGUAGAAACACCGUGAUGCUAGCUUAAUUUUUUGGCUACUUUAAUAAAAAACUAUUUACAUGAAUAGAAAUCGCAAAUAAUUUAAAUCUCUGAAAAGACACAAUAGUAAACACUAUUUUAGUCAACAGCUUUUCAAUGGUGACUUUCUUUUCCCUAGGUAUAAAUGACAUAAAGUGCCACAUUCCUCAUAUAAAAAUAUACUCUUCAAAUUGUUUUGUAAGUUCGAUAAUGGGUGAUGGACCAAAAAUAGCUGCUGUGUGGUUAAGGCACAUGCCAUCCACCCAGGCGGGCUUAAACCGCGCUUUUGUGUGCGCCAUUCAUGGGAACGCUCACUGUAUUCCAACCUGGUCAUAGCAAACAAAACAAUGAACACAGUCGGGGAUGGAAGGUGCCGUUCUCACUCACAAGCGUGUAGGCUAAAAAUAGAACUGUCAUACCUCAUGCUUAAUCAAUAGCUUAACGCAGGGGUGUCCAAACUUUUUCCACGAGGACCGCAUACAGAAAAAUUGAAGGUUGUGCAGGGCUUUGUUGGUACAUGCUAAAACCAGUCCAGUGUUGGUCAACCUAUGCUAAGCUAUAGCAUAUUAGCGUUGUUUUAUAGGUGGCAAAGCAAAUUUAUAUAAAGUAUAAUUAUAUGUAUAUCAUGAAUGAUUUAAUUUUAUUUUUAGAAUAUGCCAGGGGCCAAAAAAACGAAGUGGUGGGACAAAAAUUGCCCCCAGGCUGCACUUUGGACACCCCUGGCUUAUUAUGUGACAGGUUACACAUAAUGGCUGCAAAUGGCAGAUUUGACUAUUUCAUCCACUUUGCAUCAACAAAGAAGAAAAGCGGUGAGUUGUUUCCACCCUCUAUAAGUCUAACAUAAAUAUUUAGUUUUCAUUUCAGUGUUCAAACAGAAUACAGUGCGAGUCAUAUUCCAGCUUUUGACCAUUUCCAUGAUCACAACCCUAUGUAACAGAAUUAUUUGCCUUCUGUCUGUGACAUUUUUUUUUAUUUGCCUUUUAAAAACAAAUCCUUUCUCUUGCAGGAUGCUUCAGACCAGCAUCGCCGGUCUAAAGUCAUCCUUAACCAUCCUUUGUCAAGAAUUUCAAAUAGGAUGUCAAAAUGUGCAAAAUGUUGAAUAAAUACUUCCUUUU